UCAAUACCGAAAUCGAUUCAAAAUAUUAUCUCAAAGCUUUUCAGGUUGUCUCAAAAUCAAAUGACAGUUCAGUUGACAGUAUAGAACGAUGUUGUUUUGCCGCCGACACUGAUAAUUUGUUUUGUAAAGUUUUAAACAAGUUUUAAAACAUAAUUAGGCAUUAAAAAGGAAAUAAAGUGAGAAAUAAAAAUGAGUUCAAUAAACAACACACAGUUAUCACGGAGCAGCUUGGGAAGUCAUGAUAGAAAGCUGCGAUAUAGGGCUUUACUUGAAGAUUUGUCCGUUUUGGAGGAUGACACUGCAAAUAAUAUGGAGCUCAUAGAUAAAACUGCAAUUGCAGUCAAGGAAGCAAAGAGUCUGCUUGCCGAAGGAGGAGUUGAGGAGAGAGUUCGACAUCCUGGCGAGGGUUACCUGGACUCUCGCGUGCUGCGCGCCGCCAGCGACCUGGCCGUACGAUACUCCGAGGCCGUCAGCGGGAACGUGCAUACCUAUGACAAGCAGAUGCUGGCACAGCAUAUUCGCGAGAACCCUCAAUUCUGGGAGUUUCCGUUCCCACAAGAGGUGCCGCCUAUAGCCUUCUUGUUCGGUACCUUCGCUCCCACUCCGGCGGAGCGGCGGCCGCGUCCCGCCCGCGUACACGUGGAGAGGCAGCAGGCCGCCGAGCAGCGCGCGCCGGAGAAUGUCGAGAGGCUAGAAAAAGUAGAAGAAGGUUCAGCGAUGGUCUCCCGCGUGCUGAAGUUCAUCAGCAGGUGGUACAAGCAGCAUCAGAAGCCGCUGAGCUACUUCCACACUGUGCUGGAUCCGAGCAGCUUCGGGCGCACCGUGGAGAACAUAUACCAUGUGUCCUUCCUCGUUCGAGAUGGAUCCAUUGCUGUGGAGUUGGACCACGUCCACGGCUUGCCGUUCAUAACGCCGGUGUCCAAGUCGCAGCAGGAGGCUCGCGACAUCGCUGACGAGAAGCAGUUCAUAGUGUCCAUUGAUAUGAAGCGGUGGCAGGACCUGAUCACCGCCUUCUCAAUAGAUAAACCAAUGAUGGUGUUAAGAAGAUAACGAAACCUCGCCGUAUUGUAUUAUAAACCUGUGAUCAUAUGUUAUUGACAUGUUAAUAAAGUUGAUUUUUGUAUG